AUAACCUUUAAUCCCCCAACCCAAACAUUGCGCUCAAUUCUCAACACUGCCGCCCGUCCCGUCCCCCCAUCGGCUUCUCCAACUCUCUCCCUCAGUUACAGCCGCGCACCUCCCGCGUUCCGAAGAUCGUCCGUCUGCUGUUCACGCUGUUAACGUCGUUGCUACGUCCGCUGGUGCUGGUUGCUUCUUCGCUUCCCCUGCUCCUCGUCGCUGCUUCCGCUGGUCCAGUCCUCUGCCGUUCGGUGCUGCUCCUCACCGCUGGUCCUCGUCCUCAAUCACGCCGUCGCUGGUCCUCGCCGCUUCCUCAGUCACUGCAGUAAGCAAUUUUGUGGAACGAGCAUAUCAGUACCCGAGUACAAAUAUUCCAUUUCCUCCUAAUGGCUUUGGUUGUAAUCUGUGGCCAGCCAUGUAGUGGGAAGUCUACAGCUGCUCUUUGCUUAGCUGAAGCUCUCAAGGACUCUGAGUCAAAAUUAAAUGUUAGGGUCGUUAACGAUGCUUCCUUCCAUCUUGAUCGCAAUCAGAGUUAUGCCAAUAUGACUGCAGAGAAAAAUUUAAGAGGGGUACUCAGGUCAGAAGUUGAUAGAUCUGUGUCAAAAGACAAUAUAAUCAUAGUAGAUUCUUUGAAUAGCAUCAAGGGUUACAGGUAUGAGCUUUGGUGUUUGGCUCGAGCUGCAGGAAUAAGAUACUGUGUGCUUUUUUGUGAUGUCGAGGAAACUCAAUGUCAAAAAUGGAAUGAGCAGCGCAGAGAAAAGGGAGAAGCUGCAUAUGACAAUGCCAUAUAUGAUGACUUGGUAAGAAGGUUCGAGACACCAGAUAAAAGAAAUCGAUGGGAUUCUCCUUUGUUUGUGUUAUGGCCAAGUAGAGAUGGAAUUCAUAAAUCUUCUGCUGCCAUUGUAGAUGCAAUUUCAUACUUGACAAAGAAAGUGGACUCCAAAUCUCGUGAUGUGAAAAUUUUACAGCCAACAAUUGCUACGCAAUCUACACGAUUUUCAGAGGCAAAUUCUUUGUAUGAGUUGGACAGGGCAACACAAGAGGUGAUCAAUGUCAUUGUAGAGGCACAAUCCCAGGCAAUUGGAGGUCCAAUUAAUGGUGUUUCUCUUGGUCAGGAUUUACCAACUCUCAACAUUUCAAGGUCAGUUGGCUUGCCAGAGCUACGAAGACUGAGGCGAACUUUCAUUAAGUUGACAGGUCAGACUAGCUUAAGUGGACCGCCACCACCUUCAGAUGCAGGGAGUGCAAAAAGGAUGUUUGUGGAUUAUUUGAACCGGGAAUUGGGAACUGCUUGAAGGAGGAUACUGGGAAUGGUAUAUUAUACUAAACGUUUGCUGCCAGAAGCAUCUGUGGAGAAGGUGAAACCCGUGAGUUACAUUCUAAAAUAUUCAGUUCUUUAAUAUAUUGUAUCAACAGAUUUAGACAAGGACUCUUCCAUUUUAUUGGAGUAGUCAUUGUGUAUUGGCAAAUCUAUUUGUAUGAGCGAAGGGUGAAUUGUUGUUAAUGAGGCAUCAAUUUACCAUUGGCUCUAUAGUUUUCUUUAUUUUCUCUUAGACAUUUUGAGCCCCAGUGGUGGAUAGAUAGUGAAAUUGUCCCAAAUGAUGGGGAUUGUUUAAUAAAUGUGAUCAGCUAGUGCCAUUCUUGUCUGA